AUGUCAAUUCUUACAACACCAAGACGCCUAUACACUCCCUCACUGUAUCUAGCCGUAACACCUCUAUUUCGACCAAAUCGCAGUUACAGUUCUCCUCCCCCCACUAUACCCAGCCGAACGCCCGAUGGCAAAUUAACCUGGGACAAAUACUUUACGCUCCGUCGAAAACGGAAGAACAUGGAGCGCGGUUUUCUGAUCCCAACUUCUCUGCUCAGUAUUGGUGGCAGCGUUGCAUACGCAGCAACGAGGCCGGUUGAUCCGACACCAAUUUUUGGACAGGAUCCGAUCGUCAUGGGGAGCAUAGGCAUUCUAUGUUGUGGUGUUGCAGGAGUGUUGAUAGGACCGAUUAUUGGAAGUUCAGUAUGGAAGUUGUUACAUAGAGAAGACGUUAAAUUAAUGGAAGAGCGCGAUCGUGAAUUCUAUCAACACAUAAAACGAAACCGUGCCGAUCCUUCUCUAUUCUCGUUGCGUAAUCCUGCACCGGACUAUUACGGCGAGAAAAUCAAGUCUGUCCAGGAGUAUCGAACUUGGUUAAGAAAACAACGCGAGUGUAUCAGAAAGGGAACGUUUCAUAUUGGCGAAGAUACAUGA